AUGGAUGGAAACGUUUCACCGGCUGCUAUCUUCUCUGUAGUCCUGCUCACCGUCGUGUUGUCAUCCUCAGCAGCUUUCCUGGAGCCUUACGACCUCCUAUAUGAGAAUGCGGUGCAGGCGUUUUACAACAACGACUACACCAACGUGGUGCGCUACAUGGAGGCAGCGCUCGGCAGUUACGCAGAGGUCCGGCGCACUAAGAUCCGGUGCCGGCUGAGGUGCCAGGACCAGCAUCCUUUUGAUGAAACCUUCUCGGACCUGCACUUCCCUGACGUGGUGCUCCGGAGAGCGGCGUGUAUGGACACAUGCAUCGAGGAGAAACUUGGCACUCAGUCUCUGCAUAAAGUCAGCGAGGAUGUAGUGCAGGACUUCAACAGGAGGAUCCCCUACAACUAUCUUCAGAUGGCCUAUCAGAAGUUGAAGCAGCCAGACAAGGCAGCGGCAGCAGCUCACACUUAUUUCCAGGCCAACCCAGAGCAUGUGGAGAUGGGUCAGAACCUGGAGCAGUACAAAGACCUGCAGGGCGUUGAGGAGGAACACUUUGUUGACCGAGAAGCCCGGCCUCACCAGCGCUCCUUCACAGCAGCAGUGAGGCUGUAUGAUAAAGGCGACCACGAAGCAGCCAUCGUUCUGUUUGAGGAGGCUUUGGUGGAAUACUAUAAAGCAGACACCGAGUGUCGGGUCCUGUGUCAAUUGCCGCAGAGGUUUGAGGGCCACGACUACCUCCGCUACCGCUACAGCCUUUAUGAGGUCAUAUCAGAUCACUUCACUCAGGUGCUGCACUGUGAACACGAAUGUGUACGAGAUCUCGCCACCCGGCCAGGCCGCCUCUCACCCAUGGAGAACUACCUGCCUCUGCACUACGACUACCUUCAGUUUGCCUACUUCCAAUUGGACAGGCUGGAGGAGGCGCUACAGUGUGCUCUGACCUACCUGUUAUUCCACGAGGGAGAGGAGUUCAUGACGGAAAACGUGGAUUACUACAGAGAGCUGCUGGGAUACGACGGCAAGCCAAGAGAGAAAGCUGCAUGGUACCUGAGGAGGCACAAACAGGAACUGGAGCUCCUUCUGAUUGGCAGCAAAACCAUGGGUGUGGAAUUUACAGAAGGGAAUUACUGGAGCAGCACAGGUGGAAGAGAGGACUCAAACAGGAUCCCCUCUGGUACAGACGGCUGGAUGGAGUAUGUUCCCAUCUCAGAGAAGAAGAACGUCACCAUCGCUGCUGCACAGCAACUCAAAGAAGGUGGUCCUCUGGUGUAUGAUAGCGUGCAGCUGGUGCGGAAUUCUGCAGCCUUGAACGGUACCCAGCGAGUGCUGCUGGAUCAUGUUAUAUCUGAGGAGGAGUGUGCAGACCUCAGGCAGCUGGCACAUGCGGUUACCAUGGCAGGAGACGGCUACAGAGGGAGGAUGUCUCCACACACGCCCAAUGAGAAGUUUGAAGGAGCCACUGUACUCAAAACCCUGCAGUACGGCUAUGAGGGCAGGGUCCCGAUGAGGAGCGCCCGCCUGUUCUAUGACAUCAGCGAGCGAGCGAGACGGGUUAUAGAGUCUUACUUCCUGCUCAACUCCACCCUGCACUUCUCCUACACACACCUGGUGUGCAGGACAGCCAUCACAGGCCAGCAAGAUCACAGGAAUGACCUCAGCCAUCCCAUCCAUGCCGACAACUGUCUGCUGGACCCUGAGGCCAAUGAGUGCUGGAAGGAGCCGCCAGCGUACACAUACAGAGACUACAGUGCACUGUUAUACCUAAAUGGAGAUUUUGAAGGAGGGGAGUUCAUAUUCACAGAAAUGGAUGCCAAAACAGUCACGGCAUCAGUGAAGCCCAGGUGUGGCCGGAUGGUGGGUUUCUCAUCAGGAGGGGAGAAUCCACACGGUGUGAAGGCUGUCACCAGCGGGCAGAGGUGUGCUGUCGCUCUGUGGUUCACCCUCGACCCGCUCUUCAGAGAACUGGAGAGACUGCAGGCGGAUGAGGUGAUCCAGGCGUUGGACACACAGGCUGUGUGGGGUCAAGGCCUCAACAUCAACCCCAAAGAUGAACUGUAGGAGCAGCUCCACCCCCUCCCCCCGACCCCCUCCCAUGAAAUCCUUCUAUAUAUUUUAACUAUUUAUUGAAUCGAGCUUUGGAUCAGAACUUUUCUAUUUUUGUACUGUUUGAAGUGCAAGAUUAAUGAUAUUGUUGUGUUGUCAGGCGUUUUUUAUUUUCAUGUGUCUCUACACACAAGUACUUGAGUUUACCUUUUGCUCUUUGUCUUUCCCUCCAGUGACAGCUUCUAGUAGAGAUUAAGAAAAAUAAUCCAUUUCAGUUUCGUUGUAAGUAAACUGUUUCAUUGAAGACUGGUCGUAUCUGUAAUCUCACUGAACUGUGAAGACGCCAAAGAGAAGAACGGCAGUUUACUUUUUUUUGUUUUUUGAGUUGUUGUUGUUCUGGGCAACUCAUUCAAUGGGUUUUAUUCAUAAACACUAUGUAAAGAUAUUAAAAACACCUUCUUUUCAGUGGUCAGUAGUCACAAAUGGUACCGUUACAUAUGCUAUUACUAACAACAUUAUUCAUCAGUGUUUGUUUCUUUUCUUCCAGUGCCAGUAAUAAUUAUUUACCACGUAGGCAGAGCACUGUUUUUCUAAUUUGGGUACCUAAAGCUCUCCCUCAAAGAGUUUAAGAAAGAGAUACGUUCUAAUAUGCUGAAUAUUUAUGAUCAUGCACUCUGUCCUUCUCUGUGUGUCGAACCUGAAACUGAAAAAUGUCCUCUGUCUACUACUUUGUCCACUUCUCCUCUUGUUGUUGCUGUGUUUAAUCAAUCUGCUCCUUCCCGGGCACACAGAGCAGAAUAUACUGGUUUACAUGUUCACUGAUACGAGAACAUGGUGUUUAACUUUUAUUUAUGUGUUGUUAUUAAUAGACAGCUGCUCUCGUAACUGUCGGCAUUUAUUAUGAGGAACUUUUUUUCAGAAAAGACGUUCAUCAUUCCUGUUUCAAGGAAUACAUAUGUGUAUCUAUCUUUUAUGUCUUUAUAUUUGUGUUGAUGAUUCAGAUGAUAGGCCGAGUCGUGCACUGUAAAUCCAAUGGAAAGAAACAUGCAAAGAGUUUUUGUUUUUUGUUUUUUUUCUUCCUACAAUAGAUUCAAACUGCUAACCAAGAAGCUUAAUCCUGUUGGUAUGAGGUUGGCCACUUUUGUUUCACUGAUAUUUAAUUCUGAAAUGCUGUAGCACACAAAAAUGUAUGUGUACAUGCCUAAAAAUUAAAAACAUAAAACUCCA